GAUUGUGGUCUUGACAUGCUUGAUGGGAGUCGAGCCGGGAGUCGAGGGCGGGAUGGUGGUUGUGAUGGGCGCGCGGGGUGGGGGUAACACCGAUUCACUGUUGACUAAUGACAAAAGAUAUAUCACAUAGCGUGUGCUAACAUAGGGUUAAACUGAGGGCAUAAACCUUACCAAGACCCUGCUCAACAAACGACCCGGAUCAUUCAUUGGUGAGGUUUCAACGACCAACACCGACACCACCGAAGCAGCACAGACCAACCUUGCCAACUAUGGAGCCAGGGAAUACGACAAGCUGCAUGAAUUCGAGCGGGGAUUCCGGGGGCAUCCCCCACGGACCACCAGCCUACGUCGAACACCUGAAAAUCGCAAACCAAGUUGUGAUCGCUGUAACUUUCUCUAUUGUUCUUUUCGCCAUGGGGGCGUCGAUCACGCCGCAGAAUUUCAAAAUUGUCCUUCGUCGACCGGUCGGCAUCGCGGUCGGAUUCGUCUCCCAGUUCGCAGUCAUGCCUCUUCUUGCUUACUGCUACGCCCUUGCCGUGGGCUUCGAGCAGACCAUAGCCCUGGGGUGUCUGAUCCUCGCUUGUUGUCCAGGGGGGAGUCUCUCCAACCUCUACACCUUCUGGACAGAUGGAGACCUGUGUCUCAGUAUCGCCAUGACGACCCUGUCGACACUGCUAGCUAUCGGGAUGAUGCCCCUGAACCUUCUCAUCUAUUCACGUCGAUGGACUGAUCAGAAUACAUCAAUGCCUUAUCUUGAUAUCUGUAUAUCCCUCAUCCUUAUCGUCGUACCCGUCGGGUUGGGUAUGGUACUCAGAUGGAAGAAGUCGCGUUGGGCGCUCCUUAUUGCAAAGCCGUGUAGCUUAAUCGGAUUCAUCGGUGUCGUAUGCAGUAUCAUUUUCGUGAGUAUCAUGAACCCACGUCUCUACAGCUCACACUGGACUAUCUGGCUAGGAGCAAUCACUCUCUGUUGGAUCGGAUUCGCUCUCGGUUACCUCCUCUCGUUCAUCUUCCGUCAGACACACUCCCAGUGCCGGACCAUCGCGUUCGAAACCGGCAUCCAGAACGUCGGUCUCGCAUUCGCAAUCAUCGCCUUCUCGUUCGCCGGGAAUCCCAAUAUGGUGCACAUGAUGACGUUCCCGGCGCUGUUCGGGCCGAUGAGUGUCGUGUCCGGGUUCGCGUGUACCGCGGCGUAUAAACUGCAUCAGAAGUUCUACGGCUCGGAUGAGAUGGAGGAUAAACCGGACGGAGGAGGAGAAGAAGAAGAGAGAGAUGGAGAAAAGAGCAAGGAAGUCAGAAUGAAGGAGAAAGAAGCUGAAGCGAGUAAACAAGGAACUGUUUAGAAUAUCACCUAAAAAGUUUUGGAGGUAAUCGACGUUAUGGAAAACCUGAGGCGGACAAUUUGUUUAUCAUGGGGUAGGAGACGUUCCCGGGAGACGUUAAUGGGAACCGAAUCUAAGUUAGGGGAAUUUUAGAUGGGAUAGAACAAAAGAUACCUCUAACGUUUACUGUAAAGUAAUUAUUACAAAGUCACUUUAGAAACUGACGUAUUAGGCCUAAUAAUUAUUGUUUUGUGAUGUCAAUGAUGCUGCAGUUAAUAUUGAAGUCUAUAGUAACUGUUGUGUAUGCACGGUGUUGUCACCUAAUUUUCAGAGGUAUGGUCAUAAUAAUUCAUAAUUAAUAUUUCGGUAAUCAAUUAUGUCAUAGAGGCACACCGGCGAAAGACAUUACUUUCUAAAACAAAACAAAACAAGUGCACACCUAGUUACCAAGAAUGCAUACAGCAUUUCGAUUUAAUUCUGGUCAGGUGCCAGUCAGACCACUCGGUCACGCCACGGCAUCUCAAUUUUACGUCAUCACCAAUGGCUGAGCAUAAUACCUAUUACCGUCAGUUAAAAUCAGGGUGACCAGAUUUGGGUCGUCAUGCCUCUGGCAUCAUGAGUCUCAAAAACAUUGCGUAAGGGGGGAAAUGUGUAAAGCUGCGAGCGAGCGAAGCGACGGAUGAUUUUUUUUGACAUUUUCUAUUAAAAAAUCUAAUUCUGUGUUAGAUUUGCACGUAAUAUUAAAAAACACAUUUCUCCUCUUUAUUUUUCUUGUCCUGAUUUUUUUUAUCCAUGGCCCCAUCCCCCUCUCUAAGCCAGUUGGUCCUACAGUAAAUUAUGUAUAUUAAAUCUAAUUUAACCUUCCCUGGCCGGGCUGUCGCCCUAUAUUCAAAUGGUACAAAAAAUUAAUGGCUUGAAGGAAAUGGCCUAAAAUAAGUUCACACAGAUGUAAUAAUAUGAACAUUAAUAACGUAUUUUCAUUUCAUUUCUUACGUUUUGUUCUCUGUAUGGCAUACAAAAAUAUUAUAUUUAUUUAUUAUACACUCAUAUUAUUUUUUAAAGAACAGAACACAUUUACGUUCAUUUAGACUUAUCUGUUUACUCAAUUAAUUUUACUCUGAUGAGUGAAAGUAAGAACGUUUCUGUAUGUCCGUUUUCAUGCUCUUGUGUAUUUGAUUACUGUUAUGCUGUUAUUUGUUUGAUUUAUUAAAGAAUACUACAGGUAAUUUCAAAGCAUUUACUCAUUCAUUAUCUGCUUGUUUGAAAACAAUACAAUGAGAAUUGAAACUUGCGAUUUAAUUACCUGUUCACCAGGUCCCCGUCUUAUAAAGAGUUGCGAUUGAUCCAUUCAAUCACAACUAUAUGGAAAGCCAGCAACUCAACUUCAACAUCAAAAAUGCAUGUUUGUUUUUUUCAAAAUAUUUUCUUACUAAGAUGUUUAUUCAUACAUCCAUGGUUUUCUUGAAAAUUCAGUGUGCUUCUUUUUGUUUAAAAAUGACAUUUUUCAAAUUUCUUGUACAUUAUAUUAUGACAAUACUGGCUUUCCUUAGAAUUGCAAUUGAUCGGAUCAAUCGUAACUCUUUGUAAGACGGGGUCCUGAUCAUGAGGUCUCAGUGCAUCGAUUUACAACAUAGGAAAGGAAUAUGGAAAGACGAGCUAUCAUGUAAUAUGAAAUACGGCAUCUGUGUAUAACUGUUUGUCAUCGUCUAUUCCAUGAUAAUUUCCAUGGGAUAUGUUAAUUUUCACUUUGGAUACAAAUUUGGUUUUGUUUAGUUUUAUAAAAAGAAUUAUUAAAGUCGAUAGUGUCUCAUCGG